AUGCCUACGUCAAACCAUUCAACUCGUGCGAAUCUUCGCCGACAGCGAGGCCAUGAUCCCAGUGAUCAGUUGCACCAGGAGAAACGACCGCAAUCUAGCCAGCAAGCCAGAUUCAGCCCUUCACCAGAUGAGGUCCGACCACAAUCCGCGAGUAGUUCUGUCACAAGCACCAGCCGAUUUUACGGGCUUGGAGACGAUAACGCACUCGAUAACCUAUUCGCUUCUAGUCCACAGACAUUUUCGAGCCUCCCGCAUCCUCACGGCUCACAAGGUCUUCACGAGCCUGCAUGGGAGCUUCGUUCAGAUUAUGAGAUCUAUCUGCAGAAUGACUUCUUCCAUGGACAAGAACAUAUUCAGCGAGUCACAUCGCUUAUACCAGGCCCAGAGCUCGGUCUAUUUGCCUCUAAGCCUCCCGAAUCACCCCAAUCCGCUCAGCAGCCCCCAGCAACAAGAAGAACCGAGUUCCAAUCCGCAAUGAGCAUAGUGCGAGAUGUUAUUGGCGAAGGGCGAACGUUAACCAUUGAUCUCGCGCGCUCAUAUGAACGGGUACGAGGAUGGCGAGAGAGAUGGGGUUGGCCACCCUUAAGUCCAGAAGCAUAUGAGCCCCCUCCGCCAUACUCUCCAACCUGUAGGUUACCUACACAAUCACUUCUAGUAUCACCUACCCAGGAGAAUAUUGAUUCAUCGCCUAUUCGACAGUCUAUUUCCCCCAUUCCAGAGCAGAUCCUGAACCCACCGAUUCCAGGCGAUCCAGCGCCCUCGGCCGAAGCUCUUUUCGAGAGAGUGAAUAGCUUUGCCAAGAAGCAUGGCUUUGGUAUUGUCCGAAGGAAUAAAUAUUCCUACAAGGGACGGCUGAUAAGAUACACUUUUCUAUGUGAUCGGUAUGGGCCACCUGAAGCCUCACAAAGCGCCGGUCUUAGGGUCAAAAGAUCUCGAAAAUGUGGGUGUAAAUGGAAGGUUAUUGCCGAAGCUCUGCAAGAGGGCAAGUGGCUUCUGCGACAGCAUGAAAAUCCUGAGCAUCACCAGCACAACCAUGAAAGGAGUAUUACCCCAUCCUCGCAUCCUUCCCAUAGACGCCUUACCACAUCAGUCAAAGCAGCUAUCGAGUCAGCAAGUCGUCGAGCAGGUAUUCGGGCUAGCGAUGUAGCUGCUAUCGUUGAAGCAGAAUUCCCUGAUACUACACUGCUGCGGAAAGAUAUCUACAAUGCCCGUUGUCUUAUUAAUCGAGAAAAACUGAGUGGCUAUACACCUACUGCGGCAUUGAUCAAGCUCUUUGAUGAGAAGCGCAUUCCGUAUCUCGCCAAAUGGGCUGAUAAUGAACCUAAUAGAUUACUUGGUCUUGUCUGGACGUUUCCCUAUUGUCUACAGAUGUGGAAGCGCUUCCCUGAGGUUAUAAGCUUCGAUAAUACAUAUAACACCAAUAGAUUCAAGCUUCCAUUAUUUCAAGCCACUGGACAAACCUGUCUCGGGACGGUGUUCAAUGCUGCAUUUGGCUUAAUAGAUAACGAGAGGAGAGAAGGCUUCCAAUUUCUUGCCGAGAGCAUUCGCGAACUUAUUACGAAACACUCAAUCAGACAACCUGAUGUUAUCAUCACAGACUUCGACAAGGCAAUGAAAGCUGCUCUUCAGGACCAAUUCCCGCUUAUACAGCAACAGCUCUGUAUUCAUCAUAUUCUUUCAAAUGUUCUCCUACAAUCGAAGAAUAGGUGGGUAGGCGGCGGUGAGGGUAGAGCUAGCUUCGCCACUAGUGACAGCGAAGAUGUUGCUUCCCAAACACAGGUGCGGCUUGGCACUACAGACAAACAUCUGAUUAAAGAUUCCUCAACUAGCGAUAAGAUUCCUCAUACCUACCAAGGUGUUGUCUUGAUGUGGAAGCGGGUUCUCUAUGCUGAGACAGAGGAAGCGUUCGAGCAAGCAUGGAGAGAUCUUUGUAAAGAGUUCGAUGAUCAGCGGGCGAUUCUACAAUACCUCUAUUCGAUCUAUCUGCCCGUCAGUGCUCAAUGGGCACGCUGCUUUAUCCGUCACUAUCGUAACUUUGGUAUUCGUGUUACAUCUGGCACAGAAGCAAGCAACAACAAUGUCAAAAGCUAUCUCUUGAACGGCAUGAGCCACCUCUACCGACUCGUCGAGGCAAUGCAAGACAUGAUUCACGACCAAGAACGUAGUUUUAAGGAUGCAUGUGGGCAGGAUGAUGUCCUUACUGCCCCCCAAUACAUGGGUUCAAUGGGGGACUAUCUUGGCGAGCUGCGAACAAUUAUGUCAUCGAAGGGACUGGGGUUAAUCAGUAAGCAAUACCGCAUUGCUCUCAAGUUUAUGCCGACGGGUAAGAACCCUUUUCCUGACUCUAUUGGACCUUGCGACAACGACUGUACGGUUUCUGUUGAGCUCGGCAUUCCCUGCUAUCAUAAAGUCUAUGCAAAGCUAGAUUCCGGAACACCUUUCACGAAAUGGGAGGUCCAUCCACAUUGGAGACUCAGGGAAUCAGCAUCUCGAGACCCAUACCUCCGAAUUCUUGACCCGAAAAUUGCUACUACAUUACGUGGGAGACCAAAGAACACUAUCCAGGCGGUUCCUGAGAGCCUAGCUAUUACGGCAAGCCAUCGGUCUGGCAGUCAGACAAGCAGUCAGAGGCAGGGUCGGCAUCCCCCGAGUCAAUUAAUUAGUCACUCAAAUGGGCGAAGGCGAGGUCGACCACCAGGGAGCCUCAACAAAUCCACCCUUGCCAAGAGAGCAAAAGAUUUGAGUCAAGACACUAUGGCACGAACCAGUAGCCAGACAAGCGUCUCAACCCGGCAACAGAAAAAUAGGCUUCCUGUGGUUCUUGAAGCCGGGAAGUCAUCAGGAAUGCGCUACAGUGGUCGAAGGACGCAACCAAAUGUUCGCAGAACAAGAAGUCAAUGGGAAUUGGCCAAGAGUGGAGAAGACGAUGCAAGUUGUAUUGUGGUUAUACCGUGA